UUCCCAAUAAUGUUAUUCGAUAUGUAAUUUUUAAUAUUUAUAAACGUGUUAAUAUAAAAAUUAAUAUGACAAUAGUUUAUAAGAAACUAAGAACCUAGUUUAAAUAAGACGAGCGAAAACGACGUUUUAAAAAUACUGUAACUACAUUACCCAUAAUACAACAACAGGGUUGUCGUUGGUUUUAUACUCUCGCGGGCUUUGUUUUCAUAUGGCGUGAGCCCUGCUUGAGACAGCGCCGUCAUCAUGUCCUCUCCAGCCGAGCUUCAGUAUUCCCAGGCGGAAUUCUUGGCCCUCUGGAUGCCAAGUAGCUCCAGAGCCGGGGUGAUCCUCAACCCCUCUACGGACUCGGUCGGCUCUUUGCGGCACAUCUCUGCAAUGGGACCGCCGUCCCUUCUGCCAGACGACUCAUUCGCCUCCGACUUCGCUCCCCUGCCCGCCUCAGCAGACAGUAGCAGCUUCGAUGAGGAUGGAUUUGUACGGACUGAAGGAGAGAGGACUGGGACUGACAGGCCAGCGAACAGUGUCUACUCUGUCCCUACUAGAAUUUCAGAUGGACAGUUGGACAGUUUAGAAGAGUUGGCAAGCAAAUCACAGGACCUGCCUCUUAGGAUGAAGCUAGAACAGAUGAAAAAAUGGCAGCAGCACAUGCAGGAGCAGCUAAAAGCCCAUCAGCUGGAGGAGCUGCUUUGCCUCCAGGAGGAGCAGCAGAGGCUGCUGGGAAUGAUGACUGGAUCUCUGCACUGCACAGGAGCAGGGGAACAGGACCAAGUACCAAGACAUCAAGAUCAUAAGGAGGUGGAAAAUGAGAAAGAGGGUGUGUGGAACUCUAAAAGAGAUGAUCAGGAACAGAGUAUUGAUGCUAGCCAUUUUCAUGAGCACGAUGGUACGUUAAUACCAAGUAAUGGUGUGGCUAUGACUGAAGACAGCGGCAGAAAAGAAGAUGAAGGCUUUCAUGACAGGCCUAUAAAACCGGGUAUAGGGCGUCAGAAGCAGACAUUUGAGGAGCUUUUGGAGGAGCAGCUGCAACUAGAGGAGCAGAGGCUGAAAUCUGUUCAGCAACAACAGAGCCAUGAUGGAGCUGUCAAAGCCCCUCCCAAGAGGGCCUUCCUGAAGCGAGGUCAGGGGCUUUCUAGAUUUACCAACAAUCGCAAAGCCUCUUUACCAAAAAUGGAGGUGGAUUCCCAACCACAACCCCAGGCCAGAGUAAUCUCCUGCAGUAACUCAGCACCUGCAUCUAUCCAGAAAGGUGGCAUAAAUGGAGUCCAGCGGCUUCCUGUCCAGCGUAAAACUGCAGUACUCAACAAAGAAAAUCGUCUAAGAAGUUCAAUUUUGCCAUCACAGGACACCAGAGUUGAAAGUAAGGCAGCAUGGACUAAGAUUUUGGGUAGUCAAAGGCAGAACACAGAAGUACCACUGUCUGUUCAAACUGACCCAGAGGGCAGACAAACCAAACAACAUCAACAGAGGCAAGGAAUGGAGCCAAACAACAGAAAAGUGGGUCUGCCUGCUCAGACUAUAAGGAAACCUGGGUUUCACAACAAGCAGCUAAACCCUGUAACCAAACAGGUGGGCAUGUUAGGAGGGCCGGGGAGAGCUGACAGUGAUGCCCCUAAAGAGAAAAAUUGUGGUUCAAGAGUGGAAUCAGCAGAAGGAAAAACAGGGUCAGAUGGAGGAGGAGCAGAAGGAGAUGGAGUGCCACAGGAUACCUUUGAGUUGUCAUUCCAGGAGAAGCUCCAGCAUUGGGAGUGUGAACGGCAUUUGGAAAGCGUGGAGCUGGGAGAGUUUGAGCUGCUGGAGCAGGCAGCCGAGGAGCUGUCUUUCUCAUCCAACUCUUCCUUUGUCAUGAAGUUUCUUCAGAUGGACCAGCAGCAGCGACAGCUGCAGGCUGCCAGGGGGCUUCACCAGGGACGGCUCUCCUCCACCCCCAUCAAGUCACCUCCAAAAGAGGUGCUUCAGAGGCCCAGUAGUGUUGAUAGUGGUGAUGAUUUGCUAUGUAAAAGCAGUUCUGUGACUUUAGAAGCAUUUGUAGCGAAGGUAGGAUAUGACCCACUCAAAAACAAAGUGAGCAUUGAGGACAAAGAGAAACAAGACAGUGAUGUCUCAUCCUGUGGUGGCUCUGAAUUUGAAGACCAGGAAGUGGCAGUCAAACCACCUUCAUUUCCCAGUACCAUUUGCUUUCCUGCACAGUCUAACCCACCAUAUGAUAAACGGUCCUAUCAGGACGAUGAUGUUUGUAGGGGUUCAGCUUCAGAUGUGACCCAAGGUGAUGAUGACAGUGAUGGUGUCCUCAGCAAUGGUGAUGAGUCCACUCUGAUAGAGGAGAAAGAUGGGCCUCAGGGCAGAGUUGUGUUUGAUGAUGACGACACGUGGAAUGACCUGGAGGACCCUCCAGUUGGACCACCCAGUAGAGGAUUCAGUCCAGUUUCCAAGGCAAGUGGAAUCUCACAUCCAGAGCAGACUUUGUUGGGGAAGGUGCCAGUGAGCAAAUUUGUGGAGCUGGAUAAGGAUACAGUCACUAGUUCAGCCAAACUGAAGCUAGAUCCUCCUCCUGCCUCCCAGCUCAUGACGAAGUUGUUCCCCUCGCUGAAGCUGGGGGCCCAGAGUGCACCUCUCCCCUCUCCUCUUGCGUCUGUUGCACCUGAGUCCAAAAGGUCAGAGGGGGACACAGGCCAGCAGGUCCAGUCUAGACAGCUGAGGGAGAGACUGGCUGAGCUGGAGAUUGAGAUUGAGAGAUUUAAGAAGGAGAACGCUACUCUCGCCAGACUCAGGCAGGAGAAUGAGAAAAAACAGGAAGAUCUCAGCAAAGAGCGUUUGGAGUUUGAGCAGGUGAAAGCAGAGGAAAUGGCCAAGUUUGAGGAGUACAAGAAAGAGGAGAACAGGAAGCUUCAGAAGGAGCGUAAACUGUUUGAGAAGCAUGCAUCAGCUGCCAGAGCCAUGCCCGACAAGAAGGAACGAGAGGAGAUCCAGGCAUUGAAGCAGCAGCUGAGUUCUCUGCAGGAGGAGCUGAGGAGGAAAGAGAGUCGCUGGGCCUCCACACGUGGCAGACUGCGGCAGCAGAUUGACUCCCUCAGCCAGGAGAACAGCUCUCUCCGGAACGAGAUCCAUAUGUUGGAAAAGCUGCGCCUCAGUGUCUGGAAGAAAAACCCUUUCAGUGCAGAGAAUGACAAAGAAAUGACAGACAGUCCCAGACUGUUUGAUAACGUGUCAGCUGUGACCAAAGGAGUGAGAUUUGCUAGUCCUCCAGAGUGCAGAGGUAGCAGCAGCAGCCCUCCUCAGAGCAGCACUGCUAUGGCCACAAGUAGUCAGCCUGCUACAGGAAUGAAGAGCAGUCUGAGGAAGCCAGCAGGGUCAAGCUCCUCCUCCUCAUCCCCCUCUCCACUGAGUAGCAGGACCACAGAGGAGAGGUCAGCACCUGCCAGCAAGAGCCAGAUCCAAUCAAACACCUGCUGCCCGAAUAGAGAACCUCUGCCAACAGGAGCAGAGCGCAGUGAGGCCGAAAAGCCAGAGUCAGCUCAGGAGGUCAUCACACACCCCGAUGGGAAGAUAGAGAAAGUUCUGGCCAGUGGCGAACGCCUCACCAUCUUCCCCAACGGGACCACGAAGGAGGUUUCAGCAGAUGGACUGAUGGUCAAGGUCACUUUCUUCAACGGAGACACCAAACAGAUCACAGCCGACCAGAGAGUGAUCUACUACUAUGCUGAUGCCCAGACGAUACACAUCACCUACCCAGACGGGAUGGAGGUUCUGCACUUUCCCAACAACCAGACUGAAAAACAUUUCCCAGACGGCCGCAAGGAAAUCACGUUCCCGGACCAGACGGUGAAGAGCUUGUUCCCCGAUGGCAGGGAGGAGAGCGUGUUGACAGAUGGGACCAUCAUACAGGUCAACCCGGACGGCACCAAGGAGAUCCAUUUCAACACAGGACAGAAAGAGAUCCACACGGCCGACUACAAGAGGAGGGAGUAUCCAGAUGGCACUGUGAAGACGGUGUAUAAUGACGGCAGACAGGAAACCCGCUACCCCAAUGGACAACUCAGGAUCAAAGACAAAGAUGGCAACAUCACUCUGGAUAACAGCCUAGAACCACUCUCUCUCAACAAAUGAAACUAUUGUGCACGUCUGUGUAACCAAUUCCCAAACAAACCAGACUUUUUUUUUUAAAUAUCUUUCUUACUCCCCUCCUUCACAGGGAGGUCAGAGGUCAGCUAGCUGGGAUUGAGUGCUCUUCUAUUUUCAGCUUGUCUCAAAGGAAACGUUUGACACUUUGGGAAAGAGAUGAGAAGGCUGUAUUAUGUUAAGCCAAGCAGCUGCUGGCUGUAGCCAGUUAACUCAUCUGACUCCCAACUAGUGAGUGAAAAGGUGCCAAGAUGUCACACUCUUAAUUUUCAUCCUUUAACUGCCCAAAUCUGAGGCAACACUACAAGUGAAUGCGUCUACCCCACUAUGCUGCAUUGCCUUUGUCACACAACUACAUUUCUUUGCACGUUACCGCUGCCAGUUGUUGAUCGGUGCAGUGGUGUGAAAUGAGCAGCAGCAGCGUCACACGAAAAAAAGCUCUGCAACUAUUUUGAAGAAAAUGCACUCACCUUUUGUUAGAUCUUGGAUAUCACAAGUUUGUAAACAGGAACUUUGCAAAAAAAUAAAAAAACCAUGAACAUGGCACCUUAAUGUUUGAGAAUAUCUUGCCUGUAUGCACAUUCAGAAAUAACCUUGGAAAAAUGAAGCCUGUACAGGAACCUGAAGAACUGUGACAUAUUUGCAAGUAUUAAUAUGUAAAAUUUUAAACAUUUUCAUAUUUGCCUGUAUAUCUUUGAAAAAUAAAUUAUUUUUUCAUGCAGAAGUAAUGCUAAUUGUUGUCCAGGUGCAAGUCUGUCUCCUCUGUCCAUCUUAUUGAGAAAAGCUUUCUCUUUAUUGUAUUCAUUUACAAAGAACACACUGCAGAGAUGUUAAACAGCACUGGAAGACUUUAAUCUGUACCCUACAGAUAAAGAGCCACAUGAACAUAGGCAGAACAAUAAAAUAUAAAGUCAGUGCUGAACUGGAAUACGGUGAAAGUAAAGACUAGUAAUUUUCUGAACUUUUUCAGCACAGCCGCUAACCAUGUACGCUAAAAGAACAGCGGUGAACAAAAUCAAAUCAAGAUUAUGUCAAAACAGGACAUCAGUGAG